GUCAUAGUCAACGGUUUUCUCUGCUGGUGGAUUUGUUUGUGUUUUUGUGGAUGUGCUGAAAUCCUAAUUUUUGCUAAAUUGAGAUUGUUGACUUGAAAAAUGGAUAAUGAGAAUUGUGCCGUGAGGAUUGCUGUACGCGAACGUCCUUUCAACAUCUAUGAACUUCGUUCGGAGAAUAUUGAAUCCGCCGUUGAAGUUCAUCCAUCAAACAAGAAUAUCAUCAUCGUGGACGAUCGCCCCUUUGUCUUUGAUCAUGUUUUCAGUCCAAAUGUCACGCAGGAGCGUGUUUACACGGAACUGGUGGCACCACUCAUUGAUAAGAUGCUCUGUGGCUUUCACUGCACUGUCCUGGCGUACGGGCAGUCUGGCAAUGGGAAAACCUACACGAUGGGAUUGCACAAGAAUCUCGUGAGUGACACCAAUAGUGGUCUCAUUUCACGGAGUAUCUCUGCCAUUUGUACACGUGUGCAGGAGCUGUGUGGCGCGGCGGAGGAGCAGGAGAAUCUUCCGGAACUCUCGGUGUCCUUCAUUGAGAUCUACAAUGAGAAGGUGUAUGAUUUGCUCUCGGAAAAUUCCACAGAGCCGGUUAAUCUUAAAAUGUACAAAUAUCAGGGAUGUCGACGUGAGAAGAUUAGCAAUUCGGAGGAUGCUUUUGAGGUUCUAAAGCAGGGCAAUAAGAAUCGCCAUGUUCGCCCAACGAAGAUUAAUGCAAAUAGCAGCAGAUCCCAUGCAAUCUUCACCAUCUACAUCAGUGUCCGGAAGUCCAAGACGUGCACCGUCAAUUCGGCCUUUAAUUUCGUUGAUUUGGCCGGCUCUGAGGGAAUCCGGCGGACAGAGCAUAAAGGUGUAGCCCUCGCAGAGGGGGUGAAUAUUAAUCAGGGACUUUUGAGCAUGGGUCGUAUUCUCCAGGCAAUCUCUGCCGGUGAUAAACUCAUCCCCUACCGAGAUAGCGUGCUAACAACUGUCCUCCAAGAUUCUCUCAAUAAGAACUGCUACUUGACCCUCCUGGCGUGCAUAAGUCCAUCAAAAGUGGACUCAAGUGAGACACUGAACACCCUUCGUUUUGCCAACAGUGCAAAAUCCAUGAAGAAUAAUCCGCAAAUUAAUUUAAUAAUCACAGAAAUUCAGAAUGCUCGACGGAACACCCCGACAAAGCCUCCGGUAACGCCAAGGAAGCGUCAAACAAUCACCGCCACCCUCAAGGAGACGACUAAUAAGAAGUUCCUCCCCAAGACACCGUAUCACAAUAAAACCUUCACGACACCUGGAUGGAAGAAUGGCCGAAUUAGUGGGGCAUCCGGGAAGAAGCGUAGCAGUACAAAAGCCCCACCAGCUGCAAUGAAUUUCAACGAAACUCCUUUUGCGCGGAAAACUCGAAGGAGUUCCGUGGAGUCCACCCUCAGUACGGUGUCAUCAUCAACGGAGAAGCCAGAGGAAGUGAUUCAGGCCCCAGGACGCCCCCUCAUUGAGCCCUCCCUCACCACAGUUGCCUUCAGUCCCAUCAUUCGACGGCAUGUGGAGCAGCUGGAAGUACGUCUUGGUGAACGGAUGCAGAGCAUCCUCAGUACAAUAAAUGCCCCCACGGAAACUCCACGAGUUCAACCGAGAACAGACAUAGUCUCCUCUACGCCCAAUGUUUCACACAAUCAGGAAUUCCCUACUUGUCCCCUGGAUGAGAUUAAGAGGGAACUACAGAAAAUUGUCCGAAGUGAAAUUUCCGAUAUUCUCGGGAAAACUCUUUCACGACGUAAUUCCGUGGCUGAGCAGGAUGAGGAGCUGGAUGUGCCUGCUGAAGAUGAUAUUCAAAAUAUGACAUUUGACGUUGUUAUCCCGGACAAUCCAACAACGGACUUCCCCGUGCAAAAGGACAUGUUUGAGGGGCAUGCAGAGAAGGAAAAUUUACCCGAAAAAGCAGCAACAAAACGUCGUUCGAGGAAACAAGAAACUGCCGAAGUUCACAAUGAGAGUCUUUUGAGGCGAAGUGCCAGGAUAACGGCAAGGAGGAAUACAACGUGUGCGGAGGAGACUUUCAAGAAACCUCCAACACCCGUUAAGAAGCGCAGGAAGCAAGAACGCGAUGUUAUUGGGGAGGUUUUGAAGGCCACAGAAGUGGCAAAGGGGGGUAAACGAAUGGUGAAGAGUGUGCACAAGCAGGAAAUACUGAAACUCCUAAAUACUGGGAAUCUCAAGCAGUUGCAGUGCCUUUCGCAGGUUGGCCUAAAGACGGCUUUUCACAUUAUCACACACAGAACGAUGAAUGGGAAAUUCAAGAGUCUCAAUGAAGUGUCCAAAUUGGCGAUAUGGCGUGGGAAAACCUGGAAUCGCUUCUUACAGAUGAAUAACUUGGAAUGAUUGUCGCCACGGGGGAGUGACUUAGUUUCCGUGAGGGAUUGGCUACUCACAUGAUUAGAUUUUUUAGAAGAAAAUAAAAACUUCUCUAAGCGACAAAAA